UGGCGGCUCACUCCCUCUUCUCGUCGUUUUUGUGCCCUUUCUCGCCUGGACAGCCAUGGAUGUUGAGAAGGCACGUUUGGAAAAGUUAGAAAAGUUGCGGAACAUGAGCGACCAGGUCCGCAUAGGCGGCAAGGGUACAGCUCGUCGUAAGAAGAAGGUUAUUCACAAGAACGCUGCUGUCGAUGAUAAGAAGCUACAAAGCACGCUAAAAAAACUGAACCUCAACACCAUACCAACGAUUGAGGAGGUGAAUAUGUAUAAAGCCGAUGGGACUUUAAUACAUUUCAAGAAUCCGAAGGUUCAAGCUUCACCACAAGCCAACGUGUUUGCCGUAUCAGGGCAGGCGGAAACAAAGCCACUCACCGACCUAUUCCCGAACAUGCUCAACCAGCUGGAAUCUGCCAAACUCAGGCUGUCGAAAAUGAGCGUGCUGGCCAAUGUCAAGCAUUCUGAGGUGCCUACACCUUCAGCCGCUCAACCGAACAAUUUGGAAAAAACAUCACCAACGCCAAUGACAUCGGUUGGCCGCCAUUUCUUGCAACGUCUCCACCAAGCACAGGAGGGGUCACGGGAACCCCAUUCUGGAAGGCGUACAACACUAACAAUACCCAAACACUUUGUGGUUUCUUUCACGCCUUUCCGUAAGGUCACGCGCUAUAGCCUGUAG